AUGGGUGUUUGGUUCUUAUCGUUGUUGUUCUUCUUUUUAUGUUCAAAGGUGAGGUCAGAACUGAUACCAUCGUUGCCAGGACAACACGGCCACCUUUCAUUUAGACAAUAUUCAGGUUACAUUGUAACAGAUGCAGAACAUGGCCGAGCUCUUUUCUAUUACUUUGUCGAAUGUUCAUCCAAUGAAGAUGUACUCCACCCUUUAACAUUGUGGCUCAAUGGAGGCCCUGGUUGUUCAUCACUUGGAUUUGGUGCAUUCAUGGAAAAUGGUCCAUUCCAACCAGGAGAAAAUGGAACUCUUAUCAAGAAUCCUUAUUCAUGGAAUAUUGAAUCCCACAUGUUAUACCUGGAAUCGCCAAUUGGAGUUGGAUUUUCGUACUCCAAUACUAGCAAGGAUUACAUCGAUUGGAAUGAUACACAGACAGCUGAAGAUAACUAUAGGUUUAUUUUGAAGUGGUUGGAAGAAUUUCCCCAAUUCAAAGAUUGUGACUUUUUCUUAGCCGGUGAAAGCUAUGCAGGCCACUAUAUCCCACAACUGGCAGCCUUAUUAGUGGAGCACAACAAGAACCCUAACGUGGAACCAGUCAACCUCAAAGCCAUUGCUCUUGGGAAUCCACUUUUGGACCUGGACAUCAGUGUACUGGCCGGGGACUACUUAUGGUCUCAUGGUGCUAUAUCAGAUGAAACCCUCUUCUUGGAGAAGACGGUUUGCAAUGAUUCCAAGUAUAUGCGAGAAUACGUUCAUUCACAAUGGUCUCAAGGGUGCAAUGAUGUGUUCAAUAGAGUUGCAGAUGAAGUUAGUCUCGACGUGGGAUUCGAUGAUCUUCUCUUGCCAGUUUGCACAUCUUCGAGGAACGUCGAGCAAUUUAAAGUUAGAAGCAUAUAUUCAGCUGUUGGUAAGAGAGAAAAGAAGGGUGAUCCAUGUCUUACAGGAAGAAUAUUUACCUACCUUAAUAAGCCUGAAGUUCAAAAGGCACUCCAUGCCAACACAACUCACCUCCCUUUCCAUUGGGAUUUUUGUUUAGGGCCUCUUGUCUACCAAGAAGAGAACAUAGACAUGAACCUUAUUCCUCUUGUCUCAAGUCUUAUCAAGAAGGGUAUUCCUGUCUUAUUGUAUAGUGGGGACCAAGAUGCAAAAAUCCCACUUACUCAAACAAGGAUAAUUGCUAAUAACAUUGCAAAGGAAUUGAAUCUAAGUCCCUUUUCAAACUAUGGCACUUGGUAUGACCAAAAACAGGUUGGAGGAUGGACACAAUCAUUUGGUGGAGCAGAUGCAAAUGGGAAGAAUGUAACAUAUCUAACAUUUGCAACAGUGAGGGGUGCAGCUCAUGAAGUACCUUUCACUUCACCUUCACAAGCCCUCACAUUGUUCCAUUCAUUUGUGAAUGGAAUUCCUUUACCUAGGCCUUCCAGUUGA